UCUCCCGGUAGUACUCCAGCGCCUGCUGCUUCAGCCUCCGCAGCUCCCUAGUGGGCCCACAGCCGCGGCCGCCGCCUUCGUCCCCCAUGAUGGAGAGUGUUGGUGUGUAUGGAUUCUGUGGGUGUACAUCGAAGAACAAAAUGAAGUGCGACUCAAGGUGGGAGGUAGCCGCUACAGAAACGGCCCCCACGUCUGCAUACUCAUCUCCUGCCCGGAGUCUCGGGGACACGGGGAUCACGCCUCUGUCCCCCUCCCAUAUCGUGAACGAUGCCGACUCGAGCGUCUCGGAGCAGCAGACGUUUCUCGUGGUGGUGGCCAUCGACUUCGGGACCACGUCUAGCGGCUACGCCUACAGCUUCACCAAGGAGCCGGAGUGCAUUCACGUGAUGAGGCGGUGGGAAGGAGGUGACCCUGGGGUGUCCAACCAGAAGACCCCCACCACCAUCUUGCUGACCCCCGAGAGGAAGUUCCACAGCUUCGGGUACGCUGCCAGGGACUUCUACCACGACCUGGACCCCAACGAGGCCAAGCAGUGGCUGUACCUGGAGAAGUUCAAGAUGAAGCUGCACACGACUGGGGACCUCACCUUGGAUACAGACCUGACAGCAGCCAACGGCAAGAAGAUCAAAGCCCUAGAAAUCUUUGCUUACGCCCUGCAGUACUUUAAGGAGCAGGCGCUGAAGGAGCUGAGCGACCAGGCGGGUUCGGAGUUCGAGAACUCUGAUGUCAGGUGGGUCAUCACGGUGCCUGCCAUCUGGAAGCAGCCCGCCAAGCAGUUCAUGAGGCAAGCUGCCUACCAGGCGGGCCUGGCCUCCCCCGAGAACGCGGAGCAGCUCAUCAUCGCCCUGGAGCCCGAGGCCGCCUCCAUCUACUGCCGGAAGCUGCGGCUGCACCAGAUGAUCGAGCUGAGCAGCAAGGCCGCGGUCAAUGGGUACAGCUCCAGAGACACAGUAGGAGCUGGGUUUGCACAGGCUAAGGAACACGUACGGCGCAAUCGGCAGAGCCGGACCUUUUUGGUGGAGAAUGUCAUAGGCGAGAUCUGGUCCGAGCUGGAGGAAGGUGACAAGUAUGUGGUUGUGGACAGUGGCGGUGGCACCGUAGACCUGACCGUCCAUCAGAUACGGUUACCAGAGGGACACCUUAAGGAACUGUAUAAAGCCACAGGGGGACCCUAUGGAUCCUUAGGAGUCGAUUACGAGUUUGAAAAGCUCCUGUGUAAGAUAUUCGGAGAGGACUUCAUCGAGCAAUUCAAAAUCAAGCGCCCCGCCGCCUGGGUGGACUUGAUGAUUGCGUUCGAGUCCCGCAAAAGGGCGGCCGCCCCGGACCGCACCAACCCGCUGAACAUCACCCUGCCCUUCUCCUUCAUCGAUUACUACAAGAAGUUCCGAGGGCACAGCGUGGAGCAUGCCUUGCGGAAGAGCAACGUGGAUUUUGUGAAGUGGUCCUCCCAGGGGAUGCUGAGGAUGAGCCCCGAUGCCAUGAACGCCCUUUUCAAGCCAACCAUCGACAGCAUCAUCGAGCAUCUGCGGGACCUGUUCCAGAAGCCCGAGGUGUCCACGGUCAAGUUCCUCUUCCUGGUGGGCGGCUUCGCGGAGGCGCCCCUCCUGCAGCAGGCGGUCCAGGCCGCCUUCGGGGACAAGUGCCGCAUCAUCAUCCCCCAGGACGUGGGCCUCACCAUCCUCAAGGGCGCCGUGCUCUUCGGCCUGGACCCCGCCGUCAUCAAGGUGCGCCGGUCCCCGCUCACCUACGGGGUGGGCGUGCUCAACCGCUACGUGGAGGGCAAGCACCCGCCCGAGAAGCUGCUGGUGAAGGACGGCACCCGCUGGUGCACCGACGUCUUCGACAAGUUCAUCGCCGCCGACCAGUCCGUGGCGCUGGGCGAGCUGGUCAAGCGCAGCUACACGCCCGCCAAGCCCUCCCAGCUCGUCAUCGUCAUCAACGUGUACAGCUCCGAGCGCGACAACGUGAGCUUCAUCACCGACCCCGGGGUGCGCAAGUGCGGCACGCUCCGCCUGGACCUCACGGGCACCGGCGGCACCGCGCCCGCCCGGAGGGAGAUCCAGACCCUCAUGCAGUUCGGGGACACCGAGAUCAAGGCCAUGGCCAUCGACGUCGCCACCUCGAAGAGCGUCAAGGUGGGGAUCGACUUCUUGAAUUACUGACGGGCCCUCCCGGCGGCCUGUCCCCUCGGACUCAGCCCACCUGCAUCUGCCGACCUCAACCCUGACUGUCCUUUCCCUGCCCUCGCCCCUUGACACGGCGCACCCGAGCUGCAGCAGGGCCGAUGAGACUAGAGCUGGAAAUACCAGGGCCAGAAGCACGGAGGGGUUUCUGAGGGCGCACCGGCGUCGGGAAAUUCAGAUUGAGGUUUGGGGGUAAGAAACCCAAGGGAGAGCAGCUGGUUGCAUGGGCCCCCCUGGCGGAACACCCACCCGGCGAGGGAGCCGGGACAUCUCUGCACCCGGAGGAGCUCACUCUCAACACCUCUCCGUCCAGCAGAACCCAGGAUGCUCUGUGGCUGUCCUUCUGGAGCCGAAAGGCGAGCGCUGAGCAAGACGAGAUUCUCCAUCUUCCUGAGGCUUUUCCUUUCGCCUUUUUUUGGCGGCAGUUGCUGUAAAGUGCCCACCACCCCCCCCCCCCAUCUGCAGUUCGUUGCUUUUCCUGGUCAUGCGCUUGAGAGUGGAGAUUCGGUGGGAAGCUGGAGCGCGUUUCACGGGUGGGAGAAGACUGCCUACACUGGCCGCUAUUUUAGGUUCGCGUUUAAAUUCCAAAUUGGUUCCGUGGAGAAUCACUGUGGCUGGGCUGAUCCCUGGGGAUGGGUGUGAGGGGGAGAGCUGACACCUCAGCGUUCAGCAGGUAGAAACUCGCUGCGAUGGAAACGAACGUUAAAGAGCUCCCGGCACGUCCCCUAUGCCGUUUCACUUCUGGCGUCAGAAGGCCAAGUCCCCACUUCCGAAUUCAUCAGUGAUUCCAGGACGUCCGAGUGAGGAAAUGAGGUUGCCCAGAGUCCGGAACAGCUCCUCGUCUUGAAAACAUAUUUCAAAUGAACUCCGUCCUCCCAGCUCACACUCCUCCCCCUAAAGGGUUUGGCCAUUUAUUCCUACAUUUUCAAAGGGUUAGAAAUGUUUGAUUGAAGUCAUCAGUUUUAAAGUCCGUCCAAAAGGAAUCCCUAGGUCUACGCUGGAUGGGCCAAGCCAGGUGUUCUCCAAAGCCGCUCUGUGAGUCUCCUGCAUGAGGGCGCUGGUUAAACGCAGGUUCCUGGAAAUGUCCAAUUGCUACCGUGUACACCUGGAACUGUUACAACUGGUAUAAUACUGUGCACCAGCUAGACGUAAAGGAAAAAGAAAAAACAGUUUCCUGGAUCCUAUCCCUUUUAUGCACUGAAGUCCCGUCUUGGCGAGGCGACCAGGGCUGCGAUUUCAGUAGACGCAGCGGGGACUGUGGUUUAGCCGUGUGUGAGGGCUCCUCACUAGGAUCUUGUCGGAAGCUGACACGCAGACCAGAGCUGCUGCCCGGCCUUCCCGUCGGUCUGGGCUCCCCUCGGGACAGGUUUUGCAGGAAGAGCAGCCGUCCCACACUUCCCCUCUGGUGAGUGGGGCUGGGGCCCCACCCGGCUUGAGGAGGCACUUUUGACCCUCACAGGAGGGGCCUGGGGAGGAAGAAGGCGCCUAAGAAAGGGACUGCUGAGGAACCAGCGGUGGGGCCUGCGCUCGGGACCAGUUGAGAAAGAACCGGGUCUGAUCACAGCCCACCCGGAUCUGUUCAGCGCCGUCUCUCCCGCCAGCUGGAGCCCUACCGGGGAGCAUGCGUAACGCACGGAGGGAGGCUGAGCGAACCCACUUCCAUGCCCAUUGGAUUCUCACACCCAU